AUGUCUGGCGAACGCAGCAGCAGCCCCUUUGGAUCACUCAAGGAAAUCAACAACAUCACUGUCACAUUUGUGAAUGAGGUGGAGACCUUCGUAAUGCAGUACAUGGUGUGCCCACGAAUCUACACCAUCAUCAACUCCCUGGAUGUGAGUUUUAUUAAGGAAGUCAUCGGUGCCCGUUCCAAGAUGCAGAAGGUCUCCAGCCUCUUCAUUCUCCUCUGUGGGCUGCUUGCUCUGUCCUCUGCUCAAGAAGUCCUGUCUGAAGUUUCUUCCCAGAUCAACGAUGUCUUGACUCAAGAACUCCUCAGCAUGGGCUUUCUCCCAAGCCUGCAGAAAAUCAGCCUUCAAGAGUCAUUGCAGAAUGUCUUCCACCUACCAGCAGACGUGCUGGGCAUCAACAGUGACAUCUAUGUUGUGGUAGAACUAGAAGACCCCCGCCUCCUUCAGGUCUUCCUCCAGGACUCCGUCAACAACAAGGAAGCCGAAUUACUGGUAGCGUUGGCAUUUUCUGCACAUACAAAGCUUCCAGGUCUUAAUACCCUCAUAUUUCAAGUGAGGACAAAUAUGAAAGUCCAGCUUCGUUUGGAGAAGGAUGUAAAUGGCAUAUACCGGCUCACCUUCGGGCACUGCAGGCUCAUUCCUGAGAGUGUGCAGAUCCAAUCUGGAAGUCUAACCAGUCGGAUACCAAAUUUUGUUUGGGAAUAUGUGGAGAUAACUAUAAAAAACCUGAUCAUCAAUAAUUUGGGAGCAAAAGUAUGCCCCUUCAUCAAUUCAUGGCUCUAUAACCUGAACCCACAGGUGGCUAAUGAGCUGAUGAAUUGGCUGCUGCAGCAGAAUGGGUACCAAGCCACCAUUGAAAUAGCUUCAAAGUGA